AUGACAACAAAAGAAAAGAAGACUCCAUCAAUUAAAAUUCGUGGGCUAAACCCAGAAACAACUGACAUUGCCAUCAACAAUCUUUUGGUCGGAUUUUCUGUUAUUUCCCUUAAAAUCCCACGCCAUGAAACAGACAUUCCAAGUGGUGUUUGUGUUGUCACAACUGACAACUCUGUGAUUUCUGCAGACGUCAUAAAGUUUGGGAACAAUAAAAAAUGGUGUAAAAAGAUUAUGGAAGUCGUGGUUGAUCCAAAGGACAAAAUGCAAACGACUUUGCGCAUUACUUACAAUCCAGAAAAGUCCAAAGAGGAGUUAAUCGAGUAUUUCAAAAAAUUCACAUUCAAUAGCGUUGAAUUGGAAUUUAUCAAAGCUGGACAAUUGAAGGGUGAUGUCGAAGUAGAAGUGGAUGACCUUAAGACACUGAACAAAAUCAGACAGAAACUUGACAAAUACAAUUUUGAAGGUAAAGAACUUUCCGUCGUCGCGUUCAAUAAAUAUGGGAAAAAGAUGGUUCCAUGUUAUGUUUGUGGAGAAGUUGGUCACGCACAAAAGUUCUGUCCAGUUGCUGCACAACAAAAGGCUGUAAAAAUAGCAAAACUAAAAGAAGACGCCAAAAACAGAAGAAACGGUGUAGUGAGGGAAUUGCCCAAAAAACAGGAAACAACAUCCAAACAAUAA